AUGCCCGACUUGGGCUAUUACGACCUUCAAGGGAUAAAAGAAGACGAUGCCCGCGCCCUACGUGCCUGGCACCAAGCCGAAGUGGCUCGUGGUGCCGUGUUUAACUUGCAAGAGGAUCUCGCUUCCUACUGUCAUCAGGACGUUGAGGUGCUCAAGAGAGCGGUACUCGCUUUCGACGAGCUCAUCACGGCCGCUGCAGGUCUUCACCCGUUUCAGGUGGCCAUCACCAUUGCUUCCUUGUCUAGCCGUAUACUGCGCACCAAGUUUCUGGAGGAGAAGACUAUUGGACUGAUACCCACGCGCGGGUACCGUGGGCACGACGUGCAAUCUCUGAAAGCGUUGCAGUGGCUGAAGUACAUCGAACAUCGCGAGGGAGAAGGAGUGUUUAUUCAGCAUACCGGGAACCGUGGCGAAGUGCGUUUGGCAGGUCGGAUCAAGGUGGACGGGUACGCCGAGUCUACCAACACGGUGUACCAGUACCACGGGUGUUUCUACCACGGUUGCACCACGUGUUUCCAGCCUCACACCGUAAACCCUUUGACGAACACCACGAUGCAAGAGCUACGCAAGCAUACGCGCGCGGUGGAGUUGCGUCUCAAAGCCCAAGGCUACAACUACGAGGAUGUGUGGGAGUGCCAGUUUGACGCGCAACUCAACACUCACCCCGAACUGCGAGCUCUCGUGGGGGAUGUCGAGGACGGAAAACCUCUUGAGUCUCGUGAUGCUUUUUUCGGAGGAAGGACCAACGCGAUUCGACUGCAUUGCAAAGCCAACGUGGAGCAGGGCGAAGAGAUUCACUACUAUGACUUUACGUCGUUGUACCCGUGGGUCAAUGCCAUGUGCGAGUACCCCGUGGGGCACCCCGACGCGAUCCUUACCGAGAAUUUCGAGGAAGAUCUUCACGCGUACAAGGGACUUAUUAAGCUACGUGUUUUACCGCCUCGCGACCUAUUCUUCCCCGUCCUCCCUGUCCGCGUCAACGACAAGUUGAUGUUCCCUCUGUGUCACCGGUGUGCCCAAGAGGAGGAGCAAGGCUCGUGCACGCAUUCGGACGAGGAGCGGGCGUUCACGGGAACGUGGGCCCACCCCGAGAUUUACAAAGCUCUAGAGAAAGGCUAUCGCGUGAUCCGUGUGUAUGAUGUGUGGCAUUGGGAACGCUGGGCACGGUUGUUUGAAGAGUACAUCAAGACCUUCUUGAAGUACAAACAAGAAGCGUCGGGGUGGCCCAGUUGGUGCACCACCGACGCCGACAAGAUGCAGUACGUCGACGAUUACGAACGCCACCAAGGCGUCCGUAUGGAUCCCAGCAAGAUCGAGAAGAACCCAGGCCUCCGCUCCGUAGCAAAGAUGGUUUGA